CCGGAUGUUGUAGCGGAGACGGUUCCGUGUCGCUUUGUAUUGACGUCCUCAGGAGUCUGCUGAUUUCUCAGCGCGGUGCUCCGAGCUGGAGGGACGGGAGCCUGCGGGUCACGUAGAGGAUGACGACCGCAGCGAGGCCGACGUUUGAGCCAGCCAGAGGUGGCCGAGGGAAAGGAGAAGGGGACCUCAGCCAGCUCUCCAAGCAGUACUCCAGCCGGGACCUCCCGUCACACACAAAGAUCAAGUACAGACAGACCACCCAGGAUGCCCCCGAGGAGGUGAGAAGCCGCGACUUCAGGAGGGAACUGGAAGAAAGGGAACGUGUUGUUGUCAGAGACAAGAACAGGGACAGACCACCGAGAGAACACACGUCCUCUGUGUCCAAGAAACCGCGUCUGGACCAGAUCCCUGCAGCCAAUCUAGAUGCUGAUGAUCCACUGACGGAUGAGGAUGAAGACGAGGAUUCCGAUGAAGACAGCGAUGACGACACCGCAGCCCUCCUGGCAGAAUUGGAGAAAAUCAAGAAAGAGCGGGCAGAGGAGCAGGCCCGCAAGGAACUAGAGCAGAAAGCUGAAGAGGAGAGAAUCCGAAUGGAGAACAUUUUAAGUGGCAAUCCCCUACUGAACCUCACCACGCCCGCCGUGUCUCAAGCAAGUUUUAAGGUGAAACGAAGGUGGGAUGACGAUGUGGUGUUUAAGAACUGCGCCAAGGGCGUGGAUGAGAUGAAAAAGGAGAAGAGGUUUGUUAACGACACGCUGCGCUCCGAGUUCCACAAGAAGUUCAUGGAGAAGUAUAUUAAGUAGUACAGUUUUAUGUGCUCUGGGCAGAAGACGAGGAGGUCUCACAUUCCCCCCCCCCCAACGACUGCGGACAUCAUUUGGUGGUCAUGUGAUGGGGAGCGUUCAGGGGCACCUGCCAUGUGUCGCCCCCUGUCUUGUACCUGCAUGUUCUAUGUGAAUAAAACCCUCAUUGUUUCUUUCUUUUUUUUUUU